UGAGAGCCACGUACCAAUCCUUGAUUUAGCGCGCUGUGCAGUACGUGCUACUUUAAUUUUACGGGAGUCGUAUGAUAAAUUUGUUUGUGAAGCUAUUAUUCAUCAUAUUUGUCUUUCUCAUCGGGCUGUACGUGAGGGUUGAAUAAUUGAAUUGAAAAGAACCGACUGGAACUACCUCUCAGGCUCUCACACAAUACUGUUUUGAUAAAGUUGUUUACGUAAGGCUUCAAAUAGAAUAUAUGAGACGCCGCCAACUCUAAUUAGUACGGACUUUGUCUGACUACUCGAUUUUUAAUCGUGCGCAGUUUACAUUUACCUGUUAUUCGACUACGCAAAACCCUUACAGAUGUUGAAUUCGAUAUUGAAUGCACCUACAUACAUCUACACUACACCUAAAGAAGAUCAUCUGUAGUGUCUCUACAUUGACUAGGGAGCCUGUCGAAGAAGAAGAGCGGUUAACGUACGCCCGAUGGUGACCUGUAAUUAAUGCAACUAAAUAAAAGAACACUGUACCAUGAAAAACGCAACGUAAUCAGUUUAUGCUUAACUUUUUCUGGCCAGAAUCAGGCAUCUGUUACGCGUUUAGUUUAAAACACGGUUGCGUCCAUGCUCACUUUUGUAGAAUCACCGCAAAACGGCGAUCACGAUCGCCGAUCGUAAACUCACAAAAAGAUGCGUUUACAAUUUGUAAACGCGUUUAAAUGGGGUCAACGCACUGACCUCUAUAGAGGGUCUACGUAGCAUGCACAGUGUAGGUUGCGAAUCCAGCUGCAAGGCCAAUUAAGGCCACACAGGGAGGAUUGCCUGGAGGAGCCAGAGAAGUGAGCAUAAACACUACACCGUGGAACUGCGAUUAAGCGUUUCCGAUGUGCGUUUCCGAUCGCUCAUUCUACCUUCAAAAUCAAGCAUAAACGCAGCCUAAGUGAGGUAUACAUUUGUAUAGCCACAACACUAUACGGUAUACCAAAAUAGGGCAAUUAAAAACCCGCAAUGGCAUCAGAAAGAGGGAACCCAGACCAUCGCGGGGAGUCAACGGACAAGUGGCGAUACGUUGUACUGGUGUCCAAGCUCAGUUUGGACUUUCUCACGACGGGACUCCUUAAGUCGUUUGGACUACUGAUACCGGCUCUCAUUCACAAGCUCGAUACGAACUACGGAACCAUCGGGUUGAUCCUGUCGUUGGAACUCACUCUUUUCUUCAUGGCAUGUCCUCUAGUCUGCUUCUUGUCUAAGAGAAUCAACCAGCGCUUGCUAUGCAUUAUGGGAAGUGUUGCUUCGAGUGGUGCCAUCAUCAUGUCAGCCUUUACCACAUCAGCCCUGUGGUUCGGCGUCGCCAUGUUUCUUACCGGUUUGUUUAGUGCCCCGAUGAAUCAAAUCUCCCACGCGGUACUUCACCGAUAUUUUGGAGUUAAAUUUGGUUUCGUGAAUUCGGUGUGUCUCUUGGGGUGUCUCGUUGGCGGCAUGAUUUUUCCACCAAUCACGUACAGUCUCCUAGAAGAAUAUGGAAUUGAGGGCGCUCUUAUAUGUCUUGGUGCACUAUAUUUGAACUGUGUGCCAAUCGCAGUAACUUUCCGGAACCCUAGCGACAGCAGGAAUAAAUCCUCCGUGGAAUACGUCCGUGACAAAGAACUGGAAGCAGGAAUACCCAUGGAGGUAGCGCAUCCAUCUUCGGAAUAUGAAGGGAACUGUGAAACAAAACUUUCUCAAUCAGAGGAGAACACCGAUCCUCUCAUGGUAAAACAUCAAGUGGAAGCUACUGAACUGAGACAAAAUAUUGAGCCCAAGUACGGGAGAGUGACCAGGUUCCUGUGGAUUUCUUUAAAUUUGAGAGUCUUGGUCAAUGAGAAAGCAUUUACAAUACUCUUCUUACCAUGUAAGUACCUUAUAGAAGUAGUCUACGUCGCUUGGAUCUUAUUCGUUGUCUCAUUUGCAAUGGCUAAGGAUCUACCCGAGGCCCUGGCGACCUAUUUACCCAUUGCAGGAUCCGUUGGUGGCUUCUUCAAUCAAGGAUUAGUAACCAUUCUCUUGCAUUACCGACCCUUCUGGGGAGCUCCGAUCUUCAUCGUCAACAUGUCCUCAGUUGCUCUGGCUUUCUUCCUCUACCCUGUUAGUUCUUCCUUUGUCCACCUCUUAGUCUGUUCAUUCUUCGUUGGUGGAGGAAUCUUUGGGGGGUUCCCUGCGACCUACUCUGUCCUGGUGACGUACGUAUCGGCGGAGAACUUCGACAGCAUGCUGUCUGUUAAAUUCUUCGUGACUGGAGUCGGAGUCGUCUCAUCAGGAUACAUGGCAGGUACCCUUUAUGACGUCAGUGGAUCAUUUGAUGAUGUCUUCAUGAUGAUGGGAGGGAUGAGUGUCGCUGCAGUGCUGCUCACGGUUGCCUUGGUGAUUUGUAAACGAACGCGAAGAAAACAAAAUGGCGCCAUCAAGGUCAAAUGAAUGAAACAAACCA